AUGUCUUCUUUUCUUGAAGCGAUACCCAAUAUCCCUGCUAAUGCCAAAUGGAUACAGAAUGGUGUAACUGUUGCUGGAGGCAACUGGGCAGGCAAUGUGGCGAAUCAACUCUACUACCCACAUGGUCUCUUUGUAGAUGGUGAUCAAACAGUUAUCAUUGCUGAUAACGAGAAUCAUCGUAUCAUCCAAUGGAAGAAAGAUGACACGACGCAUGGGCAAAUCGUUGCUGGUGGCAAUGGCCAAGAAAAUCAAUUGAAUCAGCUAGCUUGGCCUACAGAUGUAUUGGUCGACAAAGAGUCGGAUAGUCUCAUUAUUUGUGAUUACGGGAAUUGCCGGGUUGUGCGGUGGCUUCGUCGUAGUGAUACAACACAAGGAGAAAUACUCAUCGAAAACGUUAAGUGUUAUGGAUUGGCUAUGGAUGAUCAGAAAUAUCUCUACGUCUCUGAUGCUGCAAAACAUGAAGUAAGACGAUAUCCAUUGGGAAUAAACAAUGGGCACUCGUGUUGCUGGUAG